CACCACCAUGUCGAAGCUGACACCAGACUCGGAGCUCGAGCUGCUGUUCGACGCAAAGCUCAUCCCAGAUGAGGUCAAAAACGUCGGCGACGGUCUUCAUCUGAGGCCGCUCUCGUCGACCGACUAUGACCGUGGCCAUCUGCGCGUGCUCGAGGCCCUGACCAAGGUCCCAGACCCGGGUCGAGAUGCCUGGCUGCGUCAAUUUCAGCUGAUGCAGCAGUCGAAGCCUGCCGCGUACUACACGCUGGCAAUUCUCGACGCCGCAACGGACGAGAUCGUCGCCGUGGGCUCCCUCUUUAUCGAGUACAAGUUCAUUCGUGGGCUCGGCGCAUGCGGACACAUUGAGGACAUUGCCGUGGACCCCAAGACGCAGGGAAAGGGGCUAGGGAAGAAACUUAUUCGCGCCCUCACCGGACUCAGCGAGGCAUUGGGCACCUACAAGGUUAUUCUCGACUGCAGCGAGGACAACAAGCCCUUCUACGAAAAAUGCGAGUACAAGCUCGUCGGCGUCCAGAUGGCAAAGUACGCGGCCCACGUUCAAAAGUAGUUGCGCGCAGAUAGGCCACACCUACUCGAUUCGACUAGAUCAGAUGCACUCACUUAGCUCAAGGAAAGAGCUGUGGCAAAGUAUCAAGGAGGCAAAUCCAAGGAAUCAUUAAUAGGAUUGACUAAGGAGAGAGAAGAGAGAUCACAUGUGUGCCCGGUGGUGGUGGUA